AGUCUGUCACAGAGUGCUGUGCUUCAGUGUGCUUUUAAACUAAUCACUAUUCGUCUAUUAGUAGUCUAUAAGCUGGUAGUAAAAAAAAAAAAAAACAAAAAAAAACAACAACAACAACAAAAAACGUUAUUGGUUAUUUUCUAUGCUCCAGAAUUCCAGCUCUAUGGAUUAGUUCUGCGAAGCUCGUAAAUCGGAGCGUCAGCUGAGCAACUGAACGCGUCAUCCGUGAUAAACUGCUGUGGAUAGGGUGUGACGUGGAGAGCAAUCAGGGCUGCCGAGGCUCAUUCGAAGCUGUGCUCACUCCACAUUUUACUGGGGGCUGUCAGUACCGAGCUCCGCGGCAGCGUCCGUAAAGGCACAAAUUAAUCCACACGACCCUUCCCAAAGAAGCUAAAAGAAGAAGCCGCGGGGGGACAGGACGGAGCGGACCGGGGCACAUGGACACGCUACGCAGCUGGAAGGACGGCGGCGGAUCGUAGUUUCACCCGAGAGGAGGCGAAGUGAGGCGAGAUAAACAUGCUCACCCCGAUGCUGGCCCCUCUGCUGCCUCUUCUCCUCCUCUGUCGGAUUUCUUUCUGCCAGUACUCAAGCGACCAGUGCAGCUGGAAGGGCAGUGGCCUGACCCACGAAGGCCACACCAGAGACGUGGAGCAGGUGUACCUACGUUGCUCUCAAGGCUCUCUGGAGUGGCUCUAUCCCACAGGGGCCAUCAUCGUCAACCUCCGACCCAACACAGCCUCUCCCGCAGCCACUCGGCUCUCCGUCUGCAUCAAACCCUCCAUAGACUCCACGGGCACAAACAUCUACCUGGACCGUAACGGCAAGCUGCGCUUACUGCUGCGUGAACAGGACCAGUCUCGGGGCAAGGUGCACUGCUUCAGCAUUCAAGAGGGGGCGCUGUUCAUUGAGGCCGUCCUGCAUAUGGACAUCAGCCGGCGGAUUACAGCGUUCCAGUACGAGCUGGUCAGCGACAGGCUCAGGGCAGAGGCACACUCACUUAGUGCACCCUGUCAGCCCUGUAGUGAUCAAGAGAUGCUCCUAGCAGUCUGCACCAACGACUUUGUGGCACGGGGCAUCAUUAAGAAGGUGGAGCAGGAAGAGGAGCACUCAUCUGUGACUGUGGAGAUCAGUCGUCUCUACAGGCAGAAGACCCAGGUCUUUACAUCUGGGGUUGCGAGGGCAAGGAGCUGGAUAGGCCACAUCAAGAUGCCCCUUCAGUGUGGGGUGAGAUCUGGGGAGGGCGACUUCCUAUUCACUGGGACAGUGAGGUUUGGGGAGGCCUGGAUGGGCUGCGCCCCACGCUACAAGGACUUCCUACGGUUGUAUUAUGAGGCAGAGCAGCAGGGAACUAACCCCUGUCACAUGGACACUGACUGACUGGUUUACCUGCCCAUGCUUUGAAACAGAACAAGCCGUCACUGAGUGGGGAGGGGAGCUGGAACCAAGUGUUUAUUCUGAGGAGAGAAAGAGACUGACAGACUGGCCCAGUGGCAGAACUUUCUCGAAACUGUUGAGAGACAAUAGAUGGAGCUCCUGAAUGUUGCCAAGCAGCAUACUAGCAGUACUCUGUUUUCAGAGGUCAACGUGAUGCAACGAGGAAUGUGUUAGGACUGCCUUUCUCGCACACAAGGAACCGCAAGGUUUUAAAUGUAGCAGACUCCAUGUGUUUUUUAUGUGUAUAGUAUGUGAAUGAAUUGUGUACAUUUUGAGCCUCUGCUUGCUUUGUAAAAAAGUUAAUGUACAGUUUCGAGUUAAUUUCUUAUGGCAGAAAUGUAUAAAUCCUAUUUUGUUUAAAAAAAAAAUGCUUUGCAAUUUAA